AAUCCACGAAGAAGAAACGAGCUUUCUUCCGUUUUUAUUCGAUAACGCAACUUCCUUUCCGGCCGUGCUAAUCUUGGAGUGAACACGCGUUUUCCUUCUUAGCUCAAGAUGCGUUACGUUGCUGCUUACCUGCUUGCAGCCCUGGGGGGCAAUGAAAGCCCUGAUGCCAAGGACAUCAAGAAGAUCCUGGAAAGUGUUGGCAUUGAGGCUGAUGACACAUGCCUGAGCAAGGUCAUCUCUGAGCUUCAGGGCAAGAAUGUGAACGAGGUGAUUGCUGCAGGUUAUGGUAAGCUGGCCAGCGUGCCAGCGGGCGGUGCCGUAGCUGUCGCCAGUUCUGCGGCUGCUGGCUCAGGCGGAGCUGCAGCCCCUGCUGCAGUUGAGGAGAAGGAAGAGAAGAAAGAAGAGUCUGAGGAGUCUGAUGAUGACAUGGGAUUUGGACUGUUUGACUAAACUUUUUCAAAAGGAGAAUAAAUUUUUUAAAAGACUCCAA